AUGGCUGAUGAUAAUGUUGUUGAUCCUUUUCCCAAACUGGAACAUGUGUAUACAGCGUCUGGUUCCAAAUUCAAUCAGUUGAGUCGCAAUGUAUGCGGCGCUGAUUUGAAUUCGGGAAAAAUUGGUGACUCUAAGGUGAUUUCAGUUUCAAUACCUUGGUGUUCUCCGAAUUCUAGUUCAAAUGCAUGGAGCAAUCUGAAGUGGAUUCAGAAGAUAUCAAACAAGGGUAAUGGUAAUACUAACCUGCAAGUGAAAAGUGAUUCUCCAAAGACUGGUCUCGAUGGAAAUGAAAAUGGAGUUUCGAAGGACGAAAAGUUACCUAAUUGUGUUGAAGUUGAUACAGCUCCAUCCAAGGAUUGUAAGGACGGUGAAUGCAACGGUGAAGGAAUACCAAAAUUACAUUCUGAAAACAAUGAUGAUGAAAUUGUUGAUAGUGAAUCUGAUAUUGUGUUUGAUAGUGAUGAUGAUGAUAUUUCUUUAGAUGACACUGACUCAGACACCGGAGAGAAAAGCCAUGAAGGUUCCAAGAAGAGCAAGUGGUUCUGGAAGUUCUUUGAUAAUUUGAGUAAACUGACAGUAGAUGAGAUCAAUUCACAAGCAAUGCGAUGGCACUGCCCAGCAUGCCAAGAUGGUGUUGGGGCUAUUGAUUGGUAUCAUGGGUUGCAGCCCCUUCUGAAUCAUGCUAGGACAGUUAAAGCUAGGAGGGCGAGAUUGCAUCGAGCAUUCGCUGAAACUUUGGAGGAAGAGUGCUAUAGGAGAGGAGCUCCGUUGGUGAUGGUUGGUGAAGCAUAUGGACUAUGGGAGGGUCUUGAUAAGAAAGUCAAGGAUCAUGAAAUUGUUUGGCCCCCAAUGGUUCUCAUCAUGAAUACAAAAUAUGAGAUGGAUAAAAACAACAAGUGGACUGGAAUGGGAAACCAAGAACUUCUUGAUUGUUUCAGUGAUUAUGCUGCAUUGAAGGCUCGACAUUCAUAUGGUCCACACGGGCACCGAGGUAUGAGUGUUUUGAUUUUUGAAGCAUCUACAGCAGGUUACUUAGAGGCUGUGCGGCUCCACAAGCAUUUCAAAGAGCAAGGAAGAGACAAGGAAGCUUGGAAUCAUUGUAAGAAACUAUUUGUCCCAGGGGGAAAACGCCAACUUUAUGGUUACUUGGCUUCUAAAGAAGAUUUGGAUGUUUUCAACAGGCACUCUAGAGGAAAGUCAAAAUUGAAGUUUGAAUUGAGAUCAUAUCAAGAGAUGGUUGAGAGCAAGAUAAAGCACAUCAAUGAAGAUGGUCAACAGCUGGGCACUUUUAAGGACAUGAUAGCUAAAGAACAACUCAAAUCGAAAGUCUUCGCAGACACUUUAUGUAAAGUAAGUGACAGGUUACGCAAAGCAACUGAAGAAAACCACGUUGUGAGAGAACGUACUAGAAAACAUCAUCAACAAAACAAGGAGGAGAUGGAUGCACAAGAAGCUUUUUUCCUUGAUCAAAUGCAAAUCAUUCAUCAAGCAAUAUCUGCAAAGGAAGAUGAGUUUGCAAAAUUGCAGCAGGCAAAACGAGAAGUGAUAUCGGCUAAUGGAGAUUCUUCUGCGCAAAAGGGCGGCAAUAAUAUAAUGGAGAAUAUUUCUAGUUUCAUGAAGUCCCAAGAUAAAGACAAGGGGCAAUUCGAGACAGAGAGAGACAAUAUCUUAAAAAUGCAUGAAGAAAAACAGUUGGCUCUGAAGAAGAAGCAGUUGCAAGAGCAGGUUGAACUUGCAAAGGAAUUGGAAAAUGAACUCACUCAGCUCAUGAAAAAACAUGCUUUAAACCAGUCUCAAGAAUAA